UUUACAAUAAACAUUUGCCCUAUUUAUAAACCCUGAAGCGAGUCGGUGGCUUCUUCAUCUUCCUUUAAAUCGAUUCUCGAAGCUUCUGUUAGGUUUUAAUACACGCUAUCUCUUUUGCCUGAACUUUAACAUCUCAUCGCAAUGGCUGCUGCAAAAAUUCAUGGUGUGUUGGCAUGUACUGAUGAAGCGGUUCUUCCAGUGAGUCAAGUGUUUGAUGCGAUUAGAGAGCUUGGAAAUGAAGGGGUUGAGAAAUUGGAUCCUCUGGUUAUUACAUCUGUGUCAUCACUGAGCAAGUUUCCAGUGGAAUCUUCCUCUGUGGAUUUGGUUGUUUUAAUCUGGAAGUCUCUUGAUUUUCCUAUCAAUCAAAUGACUCAAGAAGUCCUUAGAGUGUUAAAAGCUGGUGGGACAACUCUUAUUCGCAAGUCUUCCCAAUCUGCUGUGGGUUUAGAUGAUAAGACGAUACCUGAUCUUGAAAACAAGUUGUUAUUGGCAGGGUUUUCAGAAAUUCAGGCUUUGAAAUCUUCUGCGAUCAAAGCUAAAAAGCCUUCAUGGAAAAUUGGUUCAUCUUUUGCACUAAAGAAGGUUGUGAAGAGUUCCCCGAAAGUGCAAAUUGAUUUUGAUUCUGAUCUGAUUGAUGAAAAUAGUCUUUUGUCUGAGGAAGAUUUAAAGAAACCCCAACUGCCAUCUGGUGAUUGUGAAAUCGGAACUACAAGAAAGGCCUGCAAAAAUUGCUCAUGUGGGAGAGCAGAAGAAGAGGAAAAAGUAUUGAAGUUAGGAUUGACAGCAGAACAGAUUAAUAAUCCUAAAUCAGCUUGUGGCAGUUGUGGGCUAGGGGAUGCAUUUAGGUGCAGUACCUGCCCUUACAAGGGGCUGCCUACCUUCAAAAUGGGCGAGAAGGUUUCAAUUUCCAAUAGCUUCCUUACCGCAGACAUAUGAUAGAUGUUGUUGAAAUCUUUUGACGUGGGAAUGGUAUAAUAUGAUUUAUUGAUGGUAUGGGAUUAUUAUCAGUUAUGCUGCAUACCUCUAAAGUGUGACUCUGACAGAUAUGUUUAUGGGUGUUUGAUUUCAUACCGUUUAAAGUGACUCUCAUAGAUCCGAGUUUUCCAGCUAUUAUAUACUAUUAGUUGUCAAUUUCAUUCCUCUCUCUAGUAGCUUCAUAAUAUUAAAUAAUAAAAAAUCUUGUUUUCUGUA